ACAAAAACUAUCAAAUGAAAAAGAAAAAAAAAAGGACUAAAUAUGAAAUUCGGGUCAUAAUCUAGAUCCAAAUUGGUCAUAAGCCUUUCGAAAUACACAAGGAUGGCCCGGGUAUCCAACCCAAUUCGAGAUAGAAUCAAUUAUCGCUGAUAGACUCUAGAACUUGAAAAGGAACAGGAGAAUCCCUGGAAGAGAAAGAGAAAAUUGGCAAUAAAGAUCAUUAGUCGCCAAGAGCCACAAAAUUGGAACCGAAAACUUUUAAUUUAUUCAUAGUGAAGAUAGUUAAAAUGGGAGAAGAAGAGGGAAAGAAAAGGAGAGUGGUGGUGGAAUCAUUAGGAUGGUUAACAGAAUCAUCAAUUUUACCUAAAAAACACAGGUCCAUUGAAGGAGUUGGUCCCUCUUCUAUCCUCGAACUCAAAGCUCAACUUUACAAAUCCCAAGAAGAAUCCAAACUCUCCAAACACUCAUCUUCCGCUGCCUGGUCAGAUGUCAGUUACCACCGCGCCAAGAAGAUAAUCACUGCUUCCUCCUCCGAUCCCUUUUCCGCCAAGAACUCCGGCGUUGAAGCCCGUGCUCUCAAGGAUAAGCUUGAGCUUAAAGCGAUUAAAGAUGGAUCAGCUAGCUAUGCAGCGCUGGAGAAGAAGGCUGAGUUAUAUGAUAAGCUAGUAAGAGGAGAGCUAUCCGAUGAGGAAGAUCAGGAGAAAUACUGUGUUGAUUUUUUCCGGAAAGGCAUGGAGCAAGAUGAAUCCCAGCGUCCGCAAACUUAUGAUAAUUCUGCUACAGUAGCUUCACAAGAAAAACAACCAGAAGAAGAUGGCAAGAAUGAGAAUGAUGAGUCUGUACUUUAUAAUGCAAAAGGGCCGGGAAGAACAGGUGGAGGCAUGGAUAAAGACGAACAUAAGCGUUUUGUUAGGGAAGUUCAUGAAGAAGUAAAUCAGGCAAGAGAGAAGGUGUCCGAGCUCAAGCAGCGGAGACAAGAGCAGGCGGCAGCUCAUCGAGAGAAAUUAAGACAGGCAUAUCUUCGUAAAAAAUUAGAGAAACUGAAAGCUGCACCGAAUAAUGAGCAGACAUGAUUAGUGGAAGGGAGGAGAUGAUAACCCAAUUUCUGUGUCUCUUAGUCUUAUUCAACGAUUCAAGCAUGCGAGUUGGGAUGAAACUCGUACUUAACAAGUAACAAAUGGGAAAUUCUUUUGUCCAACUUGUCUCUCCCUCUGUAUGUAAAGCUCAAAGAAUUUUCUGCGUUCUUCAGUUGUCACUUGUAUAUGGAACAUUUUCAGAUAUAGACACCCUCGAGUCUUAUUUCGGCUCUAA